CACCAAGGGUAAGCAUUUACACCAAGAGAGCAGAAAGCUGCAGCGAUGCAGAGCAAAUAUUUGCAGUUCACAGGACUGCUGUGACCACACAACAUCGCCAGAUUUGAAUUCAUCGCAGACGGAGUCCAGGCAAUUGUCCCGAGGAGGACAUUUCUAACCAAAAAGAAACCAAAGAGUAGAAUGGAGUCUCCGGCGGUGUUUCUCCUAAUCCUGGCCACGAUAACCUCUGCAACAGAUCAUGUGUCCAGCCAGAGUUUAUAUGCCUCUGAGAACCCUUUAAUAGUGGGCAGCAAUGUCACACUAUACAGCACUGUGGCCAAUGUCACCAAUGGGAUAUGGCUGUUCAACAACGACGUCAUUGUGUUAAUAGUUGGAUCGGAAAUUAUCAUAAAUAACAAUUGGCUUGAGAUGGUUACAUAUAUUCCAACCCCUCCAACAUUGACCAUACGGUCACUACAGCUGAGAGACUCUGGAUUGUACACGUUAAAUGCGUUAAAUUUUUUCACUGUUCAGUUAACACUGUCCGUCCAAGUGCCAAUUUCAAAUGUGACCCUGAUGGCAAGUGAAACCAAUCUGGUGGAGUUCAAUGACACAGCAGUUCUCAUGUGCUCUGUGUCCAACGGCUCGUCACUGUCCUACGCGUGGCUGAAGAACAAUGCUGUGGUCACAGCUGCGGAAAGCGCCACUCUCACCAUCGUCGGCGUGACCCGCAAUGACGAGGGGCCAUUCAGGUGCAAUGUGUCCAACGGGGUCAGCUAUGAAACCAGUCCCCCUCUAUAUCUGAACAUCAGCUUUGGCCCAAGUAACACAACGAUGAUGAUCACGCCCGUGGUGCCGAACCAUGUUUACAGAACAGAAUCUAAUAUCACACUGUCAUGCUCAGCGUUGUCCAAGCCUUCGGCGAUAAUUAGCUGGAUGUUUAAUGGGGUGGAUAUGAAUAUAUAUGGCCACUGGAUUCAUCUCAACAAUGUUACAGUGAGCAACUCAGGAAAUUACACAUGUGUAUCUCACAACACUGUCACAUCCAGGUCCAGGAGCGCACAUGCAGUGAUCUACGUUUUAGAUCCUCUAGAAUCAGUUGAGGUGAAUAAUACCGGUGGAGCAGCAAUAGUCAAUGAGUCGUUCACUCUGCAUUGUGACGUGACUGGAACUGUCGACAGAAUUCAGUGGUGGAGGAACUGGCACGUUAUUAUUCCUGACAACACAACAAUCUUUGACAUGGACAACAAGACACUGACUCUCGACCCAGUCCAGCAUUCAGAUGCUGGAAAUUAUAAGUGUCAGGCUUUUAACUCUGUGAGCAACAUGACCAGCAGCCCCUACAAUGUCGUAGUCAUCUAUGGCCCAGAGACGCCAACUAUCACAGGACCCACUGUUGGGAGGGCAGGAUAUAGCGUCAUAUUCAGCUGUUACGCGUCAUCAAACCCUCCCAGCCUCUACAGUUGGUAUUUCAAUGGUAAUCCAGUGGCCAAUACAUCUGUGUACAUAACACCUCCUCUAAGUGAAGAUAUGAGUGGGACAUACACUUGCAAAGCCUACAACAACAUCACUGGCCGAAACAAGACUGCACACAAGAUGUUCACUGUUGUUGAACCAAUCACAGAAGUCCAUGUAGAAACGCCACUGAAUCCUCCCAGAGACCACUAUCCAUAUAUGCUGACAUGCAAUGUGACCGGACCUGCUGUGCAUUUUCACUGGAUAAAAAAUGGCAUGGAGCUGCAUGGAGACAGUGGACAUGUUUUCCAAAUGCAUAACGAGACACUCACCUUCAACCCGCUAAACCGCAAUGAGAGUGGACAGUACAAGUGUAUGGCUCUGAAUGCUGUUGGAAAUAUGACCAGCCCUCCUUACGAGCUCCUUGUGAAUUUUGGACCAGACACCCCCGUCAUCACUGGGCCAACGUUCGUUGAGACGGGACAAAUCGCAACCUUCAAAUGUUCUGCCAUAUCAGAGCCUCCCAGUCAGUUCAGCUGGUGGUUCAAUGGCACAAAAGUGGCCAAUACUUCAAUGUUUACAACGGACUGUUUGUCUUUAAACAUGAGCGGAGAAUACACCUGUAUGGCAUACAAUAAUGUGACGGAAAGGAACAGCACAACCUCCAAGAUGCUCACGGUGGUUGAGGCCAUUAGGUCAGUGAUGAUCAAAAACAGCACACGCCCAAUAAACUCUGAAAACUUCACCCUCACUUGUGAAGUGACUGGGCCCUAUGACACACUCUACUGGACGAAGAACAACACACGCCUCAACGUGACGAACCCAUACUACCACACUGAAAACAACAUGCUGCACUUCACUGCAGUGACAACACUCGAUGACGGGACAUAUGAGUGUGUCGCCACCAAUAAGGCUGGUGAACACAAAAGCCCCAAGUUCAUGCUCCUGGUGAAUUAUGGCCCACUGAAGGUGGAAAUCAGUGGUCUGUAUUUUCAUCCAGUCGACCUCACCGUGUCAAUGGAAUGCUCUGCUGACUCUCGACCAGAAUGUGACUUCUACUGGUUCUUAGACAACGAGUCAUCCGCAGUUAUACACACUGGCUCUGUUAUCACCUUAAUUGCAACUAAACUGAGUCAGGGGAACUACAUAUGCGUGGCAAAAAAUCCUGUGACCAACAUCACAAUGUACAAGACGAAAGAAUAUGUGAUAGGUCACGCCUCUGCCAUCCACCUCUCAUCCCGAGGUGGUCUGAUGAUGAUGGGUCUGUUUGCUCUGUCUGUCCCUGUGCUGUUCACCUGAGUCCUAAACUCAGGGAUAUCUAGUCAGAGUGAAAGGCCUCUAGCUCCCUCUACAGUCUUUUUUGAGCAAACUUACUGUAAAAUGAAAGGGAACAUAUUCAAUAUGAUUAAUAUCAUAUUCCUGCUGACAUUGGAGGUGCACAUUGUCUCAUUAUCGCAAUGCCUGCUUUGAGUUAUUUGAUUAAAUGUUAUCGCUAUUAGCAAGUAAAAGCAGUCCCAUAAGAAAUUGUCAAUGCAAAGAAACAACGCAAGUGUCUUCCUCUCUUUUGCUACAAUUCUUCACUCUUCACUUUUUCUACUGUGCGCAAUGAUAUUGAAUUGUAAGCAAAUGUAGGCUGUUUUAUCACACUAUGAUUAAAUGUUUUUAUUUAAUAGUCAAUAAGCAUCAACAUAAUCAGUUUUGCAUGACUUUAUUGUGGAGGAUAUAGUAAGUAGUUAGUCAAAAGAUAUUGUCAUUUAAAGUUUGCUGUUUAAAAAAAGCAGAAAUUGUACACAAAGAAAUAUGCAAGACAGUGAUAAUUACAAUAACUCUGAUAUGCAGUAUAUAAGAUGGGCUUCUUAGAGUUGUUCAUAUCGGGACACUGGGACUCAUCUUCAUGGUCUUACCACUUUUCUUCGCUUUGGAAAACAAGCGGCACUUCUUCGAAUUCUUAUAUUUUUUCAUCUGGCACAAUGUUGUGACUGGUGGAUUGGAUUAUUCCAGACACAAAAAGCAAUAGAGUAAGAAAAAAAUUCAAAUUAAGUCAGAUUAAGUUCACCCUCCAAAAUAUGUUCAAAUCUGUGAUUUAAAAAUCAUCUUUCUGUUUAAGUAUGGAGAAAACAUUGAAUGCAAAAUGUUUCGAAUCACUGUUAUCACUUGUUACUGGUUCAUAUACUUUAUUCAAUAAAAAUAAAAACUUACAUUUUUCAUGCCGGCCAUUGCGUCUGGCAAACUGCUGACAAAGGCAGCGAGCAGUCCCCGUCUCUCUUCUCUUUCCUGCGUGACCCAGAUACACAAGGACAAAACAGUAGGACGGGUUACUUCGCUAGUACUGAGGCUCUGAUUACAUAUAAACUGAUGUGCUACUCGAUGUGCAUGGUUAACUGUAUGCCCUGAUUUCACCUUUACAGUUACACGGCCUGUUGUGCUGCAUUGGGGUGUCGACUGGAUUUGCAGUUGUCAGUAUUUGUCCAACAGUAAAGGCUGCAACACAAUUGAUAUCAAUAGAAGUUUGGAUUGUUGAGUUGGACUUAAAACUAAGUAAACUAACUAAAAAGUAAUAUAAGAAUAAUUGCAUUCAAGGAGAUGAUACACGAAUGAAAAUUCAAUAAAUAUAGGUGAGUUUUGCAAAGUAUUGAACAAUUAUGUCACAUACCAUCAGUGGACGUGCUGUCAAUCAAACAUCUUUUCUGUGUGUCAGGAACACCUGUAAAAAAAAUCUUUUUUUAAAUCACAGAAUAAAAUGCACAAAAUACACUUGCACCUCACCACAACAUGUCAUUGUGAUGAGGUCGUCAAUACCGUGGCUGUGCUCAGCGAGCAAGAGCAGCACAAGAACCGACAGCAGAAACAUCCUUGAUCCCAUGUUGCGGUAGAAGAAGCCAGCAAAUCCCUGGUGUGCAGUAACUUGUGACGGAGUGAAAUGGCAGCUGUUGUUGUGGCUCUUUAUAAAGGUUGGUGUUGAGGUAUGAAAUUGAGACGUGUCCCAUUCACCAACUGCCAGUUGCAUGAAGCAUGACUUGGCCAGCCAGCAUCUUGAUGUUGAUUGGCUUUGGAUAACAGGAGAGAUAAACCUUUGCAGGUAAACCAGAUUUUGGUUUUGAGUAAUGACUCCAUGUCGUGAGAAGGCGAGGGACCCUUAUUACACCCAAAUGUCUCUUUGUCUUUUUCGUAUUGUGGGAGUAACCUUUUUACUUCUUACUUUCUAAUUGUCUUUUUAUCUGAAAACUUUUUUUUAAUUGUCUUGAUGCCUAUUAUAUUUUAUGUAAAGAACUUUGAAUUGCCUUGUUAAUGUAUAGAUAUGCAACACAAAUAAACUUGCCUUGCUUUGGAUGCGUCACACA